AUGUCUUCGCCGAAUUGGCUCAAGCGUCAGAUGAAUAUGGAAGUAGUUUGGGAUGCAAAAGAAUGGAAGGUUGCCCCGAAUCUCAUAACCAACGCAGGGGGUGGAGGGCGGAAGGGCGGCGGAAAGUCUGGUUCAGGGAAGCCAGGGAAUAAAAAUGGCUCUAAUCCCAAGAACGAAUCUAAACCGGCCGACAAGCCCACUGACAAGCCUAAAUCGGAUGAUAAGCCGAAAUCAACUACAAAAGAGGAACCGAAAUCUACUACGAAGGACAAGCCAACCACCACGGAGGAAAAACUGAAACAGACAACCACCAAUAAACCAAAUUCGACCACUAGGGAUAAGCCAACUACGAAAUCCAGUGAUGGACCAACGACAACAUCGAAACCUAAGUCUGCAACCUCCACCCACAGCAAGCCAACGUCUGACGGCGAGGCACACCGUUCUUCACCUACUACGAGCCACUCUAGGUCAGCAUCUAAAGAUGGCAAUGCAGGGACAUCAUCCACAAUAAAGCCUGGACCAACUACUACGGAUCACCCUGGAGUUUCUUCUACAAGCUCUCUCAAAACUAGCUCCACAAAGCAUAGUAGCACCCAGGCAUCAUCAACUACGACUCAGGGGCGGCCAACCACUUCUCCAAUCUGUAAGCCUGGAAAAGGGGUUGGUGGGUGCUCAGCAUGUUCCAAUGUACAAGCAUGGCCGCCGGGAUAUUUCAAAGAGGAGGAUAGAGGUGAAGAAGAAGAUGAAGAAGAAGUUGUACACCUUGCAAUCAGAGGAACUGGUUUCUUUGGGUGGGAGUCUCAUUCGUUAGAGAGAAGGGCAAAGACAUCUACAACUUCGACAAGCACUCCAAGCUCAACGAGCGGAAGUCUGACUGCAACCAGCAGUACCUCAGCACCAACCGGCAUACCCACUCCUCCGGUCCUUAGACCCAGCAAAAAUGGAAAAAAGGUGCAGUUCUGUGACUUGGUUACCAACACGGCACCUUAUCCAGGUCCUGCUAAACUAAUAGGGAAUAUGAAUGUUGGGACGAAUAUUAUUUUUUCCCUCAAAAACCCAAAAGAGUGUGGAGAUUUUGAAAUUCGAAGACGUCUGAACUCACUCUAUAAGACUGAUUAUAAAAUGUUAAAUUCCCCAAAGCACAACCCCAAUUACGGGCUUGCAACCGAACAUGUCUUGGAAACUCAGCUUAUUAGCCUCUUCUCUGAGGAAAUAUCUAAACAAGCAGGGAAGAUGUUUAUUGACCCUUCUGACAAAUCAGGUCUCAAAAUGGUGGACUUUUGCACGUACAUGACAGCUUACUGGGCCGACAGCAACAAGAACUUCCUCCCGGAGAUCGGAGGAGUUUCUAAGCUUGGUGUACAAUGGAUUGCAGAUCAAUUCCCUAUCACCAAAAGCUGGUUAGAUGAAUUCUUUUUACUUCCUGGUGCACCAAAUGGGAUCAAAGGAAGAGCAUGGGGUAACGAUAAAAUUUUUGUCGAUGACAUGGAGAACUCAGUCAACAACAGAGAUUUUCUCACAAAGAAUAUGCUUCAAGAAUCAGAAUUGGUCAAGGCUAUUAUCAGAUUUAAAGAUGUCAUGUUCGCUUAUAAGUAUAUGGCUAUGAAGGAUGUCGGAACCGUGUUCAAUAAACAAGUACAACGGAUUUCAGAUAUUCUCACGGAACUUGACAAAGCAACCGCAAGAAUUGAAUUUGAAAAGAAAUCCACAACGGUUUUCCGCAAUUACAGGCAUCAGGGCCUUGGAAAGAAAUGGGACAAAUGGAUAAAAGAGCGCACUGAAAAUACCAUCAAAAAGAUUGAGAUGUUUUUUGAUGACCAGUAUGGCCAUUAUAUCAAGGCUCGUGCUGAAUUGGAAAAGGAGCUUAAGGCGGCAAUCAAGUCUGCAGAAGACGAGGAGAAAAAGAACAAGGGCAAGAAACUGAAUGCUCAGCAGCUAAAGGACGCCGAUGCGAAGAAAAGAGAGCAUGAAGCACAAAAAGAAAGAUACGAAACUGUUAUUAAGUACCUUCAGAACCUGGAGAAGUCUUACACAAGUAUGAAGAAGUGGAAGAACCCACUGUAG